UCCACGCCUCCGGUCUUUAAACUGGUAGUUUUGAAACUACUUUUCUCUUUUUUUUUUUCCAAGUCGAAAAAUAACAAAAAUCUGAUUCUCAUUUUUGUUUUUCCAUUUUCCCCCUCUGCAUCAUCGUGAUUUCUUCGUGUUCUUCUUCCCUUCGUGUUACAGCGAAGAAGAAGAAGCCUCUCACCACUGUGCCCAAUCUCAACCUCGAUCCUACGAUUCCUUUCCAGAUUCACAGGUUCCGUUUCCCAUUUCUCUUCGAUUCGUGUUUUUUGAUUGGAUUUGAAAUCAUGAACGGUGGUUCACCUGAUCCAUUGGAUUCGUUCCCACGGUUGCGGCUUCGCGAAUCGGACGGUGCAUCGCGCCGCUCCUCCUCCUCCUGCGACGGCGACUCCGAGUUCGAGCGCUACUGCAGCGCCAACUCGGUCAUGGAGACUCCGAGCACCAGCAUGAGCAUGCGCAGCGCCAUCACCGUCUUCCACGACUUCUCCGAUUUCGAUUUCACCAGGGGCGGCGCCGCCGCCUCCGACGACGUUAACAGCGGCUCGGAGAAUUUCAGUUCGGCGGCGGAGACCAAGUUCAGGACGCAGCGGAACUUGAGGUACGGUUCCUGCGGAUUGGAGAUGUAUGGUGACGGCGGUGACGAGCUUUCUAUGACGGAGCUCGAUUCGUCGGAGUUUAUCGGGUUUAACCGGAGGGAAGAGGGUGAGGGGAAUGAGAGUGAUGGUGAAGGUGGGGAAAGAGAGGUGGAGGGGGAAGAAGGUGAGGAAUUUUCAGAGGGCGAGGAAUCGAUGUACAACUAUGGGAGUGAGGGUGAGAAUAGGAAUGAAUUCUAUUUGAGGCAGGGUGAAAAUGCGAAUGAGUUCUAUGCAUCUAACAGUGGUGUGUGCUAUCAUGAGGAAAUUGAAGUGAGAAACGAUGAUCAUCCUUUGUUUAUGAAUUCUUCUGUUGCAUUUGGUUCGCAUGAUUUGGAUGAUUUUUUGCUGCAAAAUGGUCCCAUUUCUGGUAUGUCUGAUCUAUUUCGGAAGCCGCAAGAAAAGGAUGAUCAAGUUGAAGAGGGUGCAGUGAGUUCAGGUGGAAAAGAGGGGAGAAUAGAUGAAAAGGAUGAAGAAGUUGAGGAAACUAAAGAUGGUGGUGAUUCAGAAGAUGUGAAAGAUGUGAAAGAUGUCAGGGAUAGGGACAGGGACAAGGACAAUGACAUUCUUGCUGAAUACAGUUGUUCUCAAGGUUCUCAUAACUCCGAGGUCUGUCAAGAAGGUUUGGAUAUGGUGCCAGAAGAGGUUCCCCAGAAUAGGAGUUUGGAUGUUACUGAUGGUGUAAGCAAGGAAAAGGGCGGUGAUGAAGCUAUUGCCACUAGAAAUGCUCAAUGUGUAAACCCUGAGGUGGAUAAUUCCAUGUCUGAGUUUGAUUACUUUGGUGAUAGGGGAGUUGAUCACAAUUCUUCCGAUCCACGCAUCCAUGUAGGGAGUGUGAAUGCAAAAUCAUUUGAGAAUCUUGAACCAAUUGUGCUGCCUUCAAGUAGUGGAAUGGGGGAAACAUUAGAGAGCUCUUCCACUUCGACAAGUUUGUUAGAAAAAGGUCCUGUGAUGUCUAAGAAAGAGGACUUUGAGCUAAAUGAAUUCUAUGAUGAGGUUGUUCAGGAGAUGGAAGAAAUUUUACUGGACUCUGUGGAUUCUCCUGCAGCUAGGCUUUCCAUGGGUAACAGAUUUUUUGAACCACAAUUGUCCAUGCCUUUAAGAGAUGGUGGCAUGACUGCUUCUACUUCUAGUACAGAUGAUGCAUACCUGCUAGUUCAGCGCCCAAGAAGAAUAAAUAGGAUUGAAGUUGUAGGUGCAAGGCAGAAGAAAGGGGAUGUUUCUCUUAGUGAAAGAUUGGUUGGGGUGAAGGAAUACACUGUUUAUAAAAUUAAAGUGUGGAGUGGCAAGGAUCAGUGGGAGGUUGAAAGGAGAUAUCGUGAUUUCCUCACUCUCUAUCGUUGCUUGAAAACCUUAUUCAAUGAGCAGGGCUGGAUUUUACCUUUGCCUUGGUUGUCUGUUGAAAAGGAAUCCAAGAUAUUUAGAAGUGCAUCUCCUGAUAUUAUUGUGAAAAGAAGUGAUCUCAUUCAAGAGUGUUUACAGUCUAUUCUCUGUACCAGGUUUUUUUCAAGUCCUCCAAGACCAUUGAUUUGGUUUUUGUCCCCUCAAGAUGCACAUCCUAUUUCACCUGUGUCAAAUGCACCUGCGCCUCAGUCUUCUUUUACAAGAGGGGAAAACAUUCGAAACUUUUCCACUUUAGGGAAGACCAUAUCACUUAUAGUUGAAAUGCCGUCAAAUAAAUCUAUAAGACAGUUGUUAGAAGCACAACAUUACACUUGCGCUGGAUGCCAUAAGCAUUUUGAUGAUGGAAAAACUUUGAUUUGGGAUUUUGUACAGACAUUGGGAUGGGGGAAGCCUCGACUUUGUGAAUAUACUGGUCAAUUGUUCUGCUCUUCUUGCCAUACAAAUGAUACUGCAGUCUUGCCAGCAAGGGUUUUACAUCAUUGGGAUUUCACUCGUUAUCCUGUUUCUCAGAUGGCAAAGUCUUAUCUGGACUCUAUACAUGAACAGCCUAUGCUUUGUGUCACCGCAGUUAAUCCCUUCCUUUUGUCAAGGGUCCCAGCCUUGCUUCAUGUUAUGAAUGUCAGAAAAAAGAUAGGUAUAAUGCUUCCAUAUGUUCGCUGCCCAUUCCGAAGGUCUAUCAACAGAGGGCUUGGAAACCGGAGAUAUCUUCUUGAAAGCAAUGACUUUUUUGCUCUCAAAGAUUUGCUUGAUCUUUCCAAAGGAGUCUUUGCCGCACUUCCUGUAAUGGUGGAAACUCUGUCAAGGAAAAUCCUGGAACACAUUACUGACCAAUGCCUCAUAUGCUGUGAUGUGGGAGACCCCUGUAGCGCCCGACAAGAUUGCAGUGACCCAUCGUCUCUCAUUUUCCCAUUUCAGGAAGACGAUAUUGAAAGGUGCAAAGCUUGUCAAUUGGUUUUCCACAAGCGUUGUUUUAAAAAGAUUUCUAAUUGUCCUUGUGGUGCACAACUGAGAUUGAAUGUGACGAGGAGCUUAACCAACAGAGCAAGCCAUAGAGGAGGAGGUGAAACAAGAGGAACUUUGGACUUCUUAGGCAGAGGACUGAGUUCUGGUUUGUCAUCUAAGUUCCUCUCUGGACUAUUUACGAAGGAAAAGCCUGAGAAGACUGGGGAGCAUAAAGGCGAAAAUAUCAUCUUAAUGGGUUCCUUGCCAAGCACUUCUUUGUGAUCCAUAUCUCAAGUUGAUCAGCUGUACCUAUAUUCUGUUGCAUCUUUAGGAUGUUUCUUCAAUAAUCACAAUUGUGUAUGUAGUCAUUUUUUGGGUGUGAUUCUUUGUAGCAAAAAUUCAUGUAUAGUAAUAAAUCUCUUCAUUUCUUUCGUUCA